AUGCGAAUAAAUCCUACUACUUCCGGUCCUGAAAUUUCUUCGAUUGAAAAAAAAAAUCUGGGACAUAUUGACCAAAUAAUCGGUCCGGUACUAGAUGUAGCCUUUCCCCCGGGGCAGAUGCCUAAUAUUUACAAUGCUCUGGUAGUUACGGGUCGAGAUACUGUUGGUCAACAAAUUAAUGUGACUUGUGAAGUACAGCAAUUAUUAGGAAAUAAUCGAGUUAGAGCUGUAGCUAUGAGUGCUACAGAUGGCCUAAAGAGAGGAAUGGAAGUUAUUGACACAGGAACUCCCCUAAGUGUUCCAGUAGGCGGAGCAACUCUAGGACGAAUUUUCAACGUGCUUGGAGAGCCGAUUGAUAAUUUAGGUCCUGUAGAUACUCGUACAACAUCUCCCAUUCAUAGAUCUGCGCCUACCUUUAUACAAUUAGAUACAAAAUUAUCUAUUUUUGAAACAGGAAUAAAAGUAGUAGAUCUUUUAGCUCCUUAUCGUCGUGGAGGAAAAAUAGGACUUUUCGGUGGAGCUGGAGUGGGUAAAACAGUACUUAUUAUGGAAUUGAUCAAUAACAUUGCCAAAGCUCACGGAGGUGUAUCUGUAUUUGGCGGAGUAGGUGAGCGUACUCGCGAGGGAAAUGAUCUUUAUAUGGAAAUGAAAGAAUCUGGAGUAAUUAAUGAACAAAAUAUUGCAGAAUCUAAAGUAGCUCUAGUAUAUGGUCAAAUGAAUGAACCACCCGGAGCUCGUAUGAGAGUUGGUUUAACUGCCCUAACUAUGGCGGAAUAUUUUCGAGAUGUCAAUGAGCAAGAUGUACUUCUAUUUAUUGACAAUAUCUUCCGCUUCGUUCAAGCAGGAUCUGAAGUAUCUGCCUUAUUGGGUCGAAUGCCCUCUGCUGUGGGUUAUCAACCCACUCUUAGUACUGAAAUGGGUUCUUUACAAGAAAGAAUCACUUCUACCAAAGAAGGGUCCAUAACUUCUAUUCAAGCAGUUUAUGUACCUGCAGACGAUUUAACUGACCCUGCCCCUGCUACGACAUUUGCACAUUUAGAUGCUACUACUGUACUAUCAAGAGGAUUAGCCGCCAAAGGUAUCUAUCCAGCAGUAGAUCCUUUAGAUUCAACCUCAACUAUGCUCCAACCUCGAAUCGUUGGUGAAGAACAUUAUGAGACUGCGCAACGAGUUAAACAAACUUUACAACGUUACAAAGAACUUCAAGACAUUAUAGCUAUCCUUGGCUUGGACGAAUUAUCCGAAGAAGAUCGCUUAACCGUAGCGAGAGCACGAAAAAUUGAGCGUUUCUUAUCACAACCUUUUUUCGUAGCAGAAGUUUUUACCGGUUCGGCUGGAAAAUAUGUUGGUCUAGUAGAAACAAUUAGAGGGUUUAAUUUGAUUCUUUCUGGAGAAUUAGACGGUCUUCCUGAACAAGCCUUUUAUUUGGUAGGUAAUAUCGAUGAAGCUACUGCGAAGGCUACGAACUUAGAAACGGAGAGCAAUUUGAAGAAAUGACUUUAAAUCUUUGUGUAUUGACCCCCAAUCGAAUUGUUUGGGAUUCAGAAGUGAAGGAAAUCAUUUUACCUACUAAUAGCGGACAAAUUGGAGUAUUACCUAAUCAUGCGCCUAUUGCCUCAGCUGUCGAUAUAGGUAUUUUGAGAAUACGUCUUAAAGACCAAUGGUUAACAAUGGCUCUGAUGGGGGGGUUUGCUAGAAUAAAUAAUAAUGAGAUAACUGUUUUAGUAAAUGAUGCGGAAAAGGGUAGUGACAUUGAUCCACAAGAAGCACAGCAAACUCUUGAAAUAGCAGAAACUAAUUUGAAUAAGGCUGAAGGCAAGAGACAAACAAUUGAAGCAAAUCUAGCUCUUAGACGAGCUAGAACACGAGUAGAGGCUAUCAAUGUUAUUUCAUAACAAGUUGAAAUUGAUGCGUCCCAAUAUCCGAAAACAAUAAAAAGAAAAAAGAAACA